CAUGGCUGAACCACAGGAGGAGGAGGCUGUGAUUAAUGACAUUCAAGCUGUGAAGGUGUCUCAGUGCAGAGCCAGCCUCCCCGUUGUAUCCUCAACCUCCUCUCGCAGUCACUUCUCUCCAUCUGUUUUGAUGCAGCUCAUAACAGAUCGUCACAUUAUCCUCCCUCCGUCUGGAAACCGCAGCAGCCUUGGGAUUAAACCCAGCACCACACUCCUCUCAGUGCUGCACCUGGGAGGCAGCUGUACACAGCGCGUUACCUGACUGGACAUUUGAAACAAACCCUCAGAGCCCAUUCUUCGUCUUCUUAGGUGCUCACUGGAAACACUUAGGUUAGGUUUUGAUUCAGCAGGAGCCUCUGCUCUGCUGCUUCAGCUCCUCCAGCUGCUGCGAGGAACUUUACGAGGAGCCAAGGUGCUUUUGCUCCUUUGAUUUCUCACCUGGAUGCUGAGGAGAUCAACAGGAUGGACCUCACCUACAUUUGUCUCCUCUUCACGGCUCUAAUGUUGAUCCAGCACAGCGAAGCCCUCUCUGUUUCGAGCUCUGUGCUGGAGGAUGGCCCCCCAGUGCAGCUCCCCCAUAUGGCUCACCGGCGAGAGAAACGCUGCUCCUGCGAGAACCAGAAAGACAAAGAGUGCAUUUUUUUCUGUCACAUUGGCAUCGUCUGGAUCAACACCCCGAGCCAGCUGGUGCCUUACGGGUUCGGAUCGGUGCGAGUGAGGAGGGAGUUGAGCCGCUGCCGCUGCACGGAUUCAGAGGAUGCUGAGUGCAUAAAGUUCUGCAGCGUCCAGGAGAAACCAAAAGCUGAGAACGCUCCUGUGAAGAGGAAGAAGGACAAACAGCUGAGAGGAUACAAGACUGCAUUCUGGGAAAAGAGGAGCAGACCUCCACUCAGACAGACCUGA